UGAAUUAAUCUGUUGACUUUGUGUCAAACAAAACACCUCCACUGUCCUGGAUUUGUUUUAUCAUUUAUAUUUUCGUUUAGAAUUAAAUUGAUUUUGUUUCAAAGUAUUUAUCUGAAUGUUGUUAUCAUGUUUUUCUGGUUGAUCUGUAUUUGAAACAAACAUUACUGUUUAUAGUUUACUCAAAUGCUGAAUUGACUUUGUAUUGUGCACAUAACACUGUGUGCUCUCACCACCGGAUGAUUUAUUCCGCUAACAAAGUUAAGGUGCAAAGUCUCCCUCCACGUCAUUGUUCAAAGUUGUUUCUAUUGAACUCGACCAAAACAUCGAACGAAAUCCAUGUUAGAGCGAUUGAUACUGUGAAGUGAUAACAAACUAAAUAUGGCAGUGAAUAUCCUUCAACUUUUCAGGUAUCCUAGAAUAUGCUUCAACAGUUGGCGUCAUUAUUCGGCAGCAUCGUCUGAGUUUCCGAAGAUAACAACUCACUACUCGAUCCACCCUAGGGAUAAAGAUCUGAGAUGGGCAGAAGUCGACAUGGAAUGCUUCGCUGACGAAGCUGAUCUUCUGAUUGUCGGUGGAGGACCAGCAGGGUUUUCAGCGGCAAUCCGUGCCAAGCAGAUCGCCGCGGAAAAAGGUCAAGAGCUACGAGUAUGUGUCGUGGAGAAAGCUUCCGAAAUAGGCGGCCAUAUAUUGUCCGGUGCUUGUCUCGAUCCCGUCGCCCUUGAUGAACUUAUUCCUAACUGGAAAGAAGAGCAAGCACCGCUUAAUACUCCCGUCACUCAUGACAAAUUUUCCUACCUAACCAAAAGUGCCAAACUACCGAUUCCAAUCUUCCCUGGUUGGCCGAUGGACAACCGCGGUAAUUAUGUUGUGAGAUUAGGACAUGUGGUGGCUUGGUUAGCUCAGCAGGCAGAAGCAUUGGGAGUGGAAAUUUACCCAGGCACCGCCGCGGCUGAAGUUUUGUUCCAUGAAGAUGGAUCCGUGAAAGGUAUUGCAACAGGUGAUGUUGGCAUAUCCAAAAGUGGCGCUCCGAAGGACACAUUCGCUCGGGGAAUGGAACUUCAUGCGAAAACGACUAUUUUUGCGGAAGGUUGUCGUGGUCACCUCUCGAAACAGUUAAUGUCACAGUUUGGUUUGAAUGCCGAAAACGAGCCACAAACAUACGGUAUUGGUUUAAAGGAAGUGUGGGAAAUCAGUCCAGAUAACCAUAAACCUGGCUUGGUCGAACACACCAUCGGAUGGCCUUUGGAUAGAAACACGUACGGGGGAUCGUUCCUGUAUCACCUAAACGAACCGACUCCUCUGGUUGCUGUUGGAUUUGUGAUAGGCCUCGAUUAUGUUAAUCCAUACAUUAGUCCCUUCCAAGAAUUUCAACGCUUCAAAACUCAUCCAAAGAUAAAACAUGUUUUCGAAAACGGAACUCGUAUUGCGUAUGGUGCACGCGCUUUGAACGAAGGUGGUUUCCAGAGCAUACCGAAGCUGACGUUCCCUGGCGGAUGCCUAGUGGGUUGCGCCGCUGGCUUUAUGAACGUACCACGCGUGAAGGGAAGUCAUUACGCAAUGAAGAGUGGGAUGUUAGCAGCAGAAAGUGCCUGCGAGGCUAUCAUGUCUGGAACUUCUCAGGAUAAAACAGGGAUAGAGCCGAGGGAUUAUCCUGACAGAAUCAAGGAGUCCUAUGUAUGGAAGGAUUUGUACAAAGUACGCAAUGCUCGGCCAAGUUUUCAUAAUCCAAUCGGGUUGUUCGGAGGUAUUGCUUACAGCGGAUUCACUCUCAUGCUGGGAGGACGCGAACCGUGGACAUUAAAUCAUGGAGCCCCUGAUCACACACGUCUUCAACCGGCGAAAAAUUUUCAACCCAUCGAAUAUCCCAAACCGGAUGGAAAGCUCACGUUUGAUUUGCUCUCAUCCGUUGCACUAACGGGAACCAAUCAUGAAGGUGAUCAGCCAGCGCAUCUCACAUUGAAAGAUGACACUGUUCCAGUGCAAAACAAUCUAGCGAUAUUUGAUGGUCCAGAAUCGAGGUUCUGUCCAGCAGGUGUAUACGAAUUCGUGCCCAACGAAGAAGGUGGCAAUAUGAAAUUGCAAAUCAAUGCACAGAAUUGUAUCCACUGCAAAACUUGUGACAUUAAAGAUGUGACGCAAAACAUUAAUUGGGUUGUACCGGAAGGGGGUGGUGGUCCCGCCUACAAUGGCAUGUAAAUAUUCCAUUCGUUGUAUAGUGUUAAUACGCGAAGAAUUUGUGAAAUCCAGCUGGAACCAUUUGUGUGGGACAUACAAUGUUUUGUUAAAAAUAGUGAUAAUAAAGUCAACAGAUUUAUAUAAA